AUGGCGAGGGCGAUCCGCUACCGGUGUGGGGCCCCUUGGAGAGCGGCGGCGAUCUGGGCUCUGUCGGUGUUCCUCAUCUUCCUGGUUCUCCGCUUCUGCGCGGAGAAUUCCCGAUUCCAAUCCCCUCCCUCGAAUUCUGGUAAGGUCCUUCCAGUGAUGGUAGAGCCCUCGAGAUUCCGGAUUUCGUGGUGAGCUAACAUCGUUAUCUCGCCUUCUCUCAGAGCUCCAGUUGUCGAUCAUGGAGCGGCGGUCGGAGCUGUACGAUAAGAUGGCGCGGGAUCUGGAGGAGCACGGCGCGGCUUUCCUCCGGGGAGGAGAGACGUCGCAGUCCCUUUCUCUGUCGGAUAUCUUCUGCCUAAAGAACGGGAGCGUCACUCCGAUACUCAAGGUGCGGUUCAAUUGACAGAGAUGGCCCCUGUUCUCGAUUUGGAAUGCCCUAAAUCAUGACUCCCUUCCUCUGUGUAGCCUGCCGACCCCCCAGUUCGUGCGAACGUGCUCUACCUCAGCUCGGAAUAUGCAGCGCCUCUCUCGUAAGAUCUCACCAUCAUCAUCAAUGUCGUCAAACACCUCAUCAUAACAUUUUAGGGCUAGGGUUAGCGUCAAGAAAUCAAUGCCGCUUUCCAGAUCAUAGUUGACUAGGUUUAGAGAUCAAAUCCCGCCAAUCCGCUUGAUCAGGUGUUGAUGUCAAGAACACCUGAUUUCGCUUCCUUUUCUACCUUCAGAAUUGCUGUUGUCUCACCUGUCCAGCUCAUUUCACACAGCAUUCAAGGCCCUUCAAUCCUUCCUGCCAUUAAAGAACUUCAAUGGCUGAAGUGGACGGCCUUGAACUUCUGAGCGACUUCCAAGACUCCGUGCUCAUUCGAUCCCUUCGUCAUCUCCCUUUCAGUUUCUCCUAGCUCUCAUCAUUUUUACUCAUCUCACACCCCACUUGCCCUUCAUUUUUCUUCCUGCCCAAUGAUUUCAGAGCAAGCAAAGGAUUUCCUUGACGAUCUCUCUUGGUUCCUACUCCUAUCAGCAAUCAGAGACUGCCAACUGAGUGGAACAUUUUUUAUUUCCGAUUGUGAAUUUUAUUUUUACUUAUACUCCAUUCAGCUUAUUAUCAGCAGUAAUCCGAUUAAAAUAAAUAAAUAAAUAAAUAAAUUUAUCUCUGAUCUCCACUCCCACCAGGAAGAAAAAAAAGAAAAGGGUCCUUUAAAGUAUAUGUACUAUGGUUCCCUGGAUUAUUAACAUAAGGUCGAUUCCAUCCUUCAGGCAGGCUGUAAGAGACGUCUUCCUUCCCUAUUUUGAUGAAGGUGAGGUUUUCUUUCACCGGUUUCUGUUUUUAUUUAUUUAAUUAGUGAAGGGAAGCAAAUUAUUAAUGAAAAAAUUAUUAUUUCAGCUAAUUAUGCCAUUUUUCGGUUGAUAUAAAUUAUAAUAUGAUUAUUUUUUCAUAUAUUUAUUUCUUGGCGUCUGUUGAGAAGGUAUCUGGUUUCAGAAUGUGAGCAUGUACCACUUCAGCAUGUUCCACGCGUCCCAUCAUCUCAGCCCUGUUCGAGCAUCAGACGCUGAGGUCUGCUGGGUCCACCUCCAUUUUUCUUCUCAGAAUGAUUAAUAGUUAUUAUGAUUUCUCUCUCUCUCUCUCUCUCUCUCUCUCUCUCUCUCUCUCUCUCUCCUAUUAAUCUUCAGUUGCCAAUUCCUUGAGAUUGAAGCUGAGGUGAGGGCCGUUGAGGCUGCGGCUGAGGAACUCUGUCCGCUGAAGGUUGUUCUAGAUAGGGUGGUGUUGACUUCCACUGGGGUGCUUCUGGGCUGCUGGCAGGUCGGCUGGAGAUGUCUCCUCUUCUGUAAAUUGACCCUUCCGAUGACUUUGAGUUUACUCUCAAGCUUUCUUCUGUCUAAUUUCUCUUUUAAUAAAUAUGCAGGUGGUCUCUGGUUCUGAUCCCUUGAUAAUCCGAGAAAAAUUGCGAAAGCUGCUUCCACGGGCCCCCAAAGAACAGCUCGUGAGUGUAAUUAUGUGAAUAAAUGUUCGUCUUUGGUCAUCGGGUUGACUUUAAACAGCAUGGGUUGCUAUCUCUGUGCUUAUCGAGCUGUUUCUCUCUGUUUCUCCGGUGCAGUAUGAUCCUGUUUUGCUGCACACUUCCUUCGCUAGGCUCCUCAGGCGCCCUAAAACUCCCAUCCGGGUACAUGAUUUUGGAUUCAAAUCGUGAAUAUAUUAGAUUUUAAAAAUGCUCUUCAGUGACCAUCCAGAUCACUGGCGCUAUUUUAGAGAUCAAUAAUUACUAUUUUUCUAUAUUUUAUUAUUAUUAUUAUUUUAGGAGAACCCAACUGCCACAGGUCAACUCCUGUUCUUGCGCGAGCUGGUUAAGGAGGUUAACAGGAAGGUUCGGGGAUUCGAGGUAGCUUCCAUCUCCACCCACUCACUGGUUCUUGUUAGAAUUACUUUGGACUUAUUCCAGCAUAUGGAUGAGCAUGCUCUGCCUCUCGAUUAUAUGGUUGAUUCGGAGUUGAAUGACCCGAUAUAUUAGCAUGGUUUUGGAUUUCAGGAGCAAAGUCUGGAGAAAAAUUAUAUCAAAGAAAUAAUAUAUAUAUAAAAAAAACCUGUGAUUAUACUGAAUUUGUUCGUCCAGGCUUGGGUGUCGAAGCUGUGGUUCGUGGAGGAAUUGGAUCUCCUGGCUCUGGCUUUGAACGGCAGGAUGAAGGUACGUGGAUUUGACCUCAGUAGCUGCUCUGGACGAUCAGGUCAACCUCAUGGUCAACGACUAGAAAACGGGCUCCAAGCUUCUGGGUCAGACAGAAUAGGAGUCCGGAGAUGA